CAUCCAUCCCCCUUACUCACUCUCGCUCUCUCUCUCUCUCGUCUACGAUGAAGGAAUCCGGUGGCUUAGAGCAACGCAGGCGCCGCCGACGUUGGUUCUGCUGCGUUCUCUGCAUCCUCAUCCUCGUCCUCCUAGUGGUCACCGCCGUCGUCCUCGCACUCACCGUCUUCAAGAUCCGCGAACCGACGGGUGAGCUCGUCUCCGUCACGGUCUCCGGUGUCUCUCCGCGCGUCGAUCUCCCCGCCCUGCGCGUGGAGCUCAACGUGACCCUCGACCUGGCGGUGCGCGUCCACAACCGCAACUACGCAGCCUUCACCCACGCCCCCGGCGGCCGCACCAGCCUUCUGUACCGCGGAACCCAGGUCGGGGAGGCCGACGUGGCGCCCGGCCGGAUCCCGUCUCGGGGGUCGGAGCUCCUCCAGCUCGCCCUGGCGGUGGAGGUGGACCGGAUCGUGGCGGAGCUGGGCAGCCUUCUGUCGGACGUCGUCGCGGGGGCGGUGGCAUUCGACACGGUGACGAGGCUGCCGGGUCGGGUCACCUUCAUGGGGUUCAUAAAGCGCCACGCAGUGGCCACCUCCGACUGCCACGUGGUCAUCGGCGUCUCCGACCUCAGCGUGCGCAGCCAGGAUUGUACGUAUAAGACAAACCUCUAACCUCACGGGGGGUGAGGGGAAGCCGGUGCUAGCACCGUGCUGUCCAUGUAUUAGGUAUGGAUAUAGAUACGAGUCGUGCACGUAUACAGUCGACAUUUGUACAUGAUAUUUCUAUUAAAAACUUUCGGAUGAAUUUUAUUUGCUUGA